CACACUUAGCUGAUUUAUUUUGUUUCUUUUCGAAUAUAAACGACAGGAAAGAAGUCUCUGUAACUUUACUCUUCUCUGAACACACAAAGCAAUAAGUCUCCACUCACCACCCAAAUCUACACUCAUCUUCUCCUUCUUCUUCUGCAGACACUGCUACAACAACUACUGCAAAUCUCAGACUAACAACUCUUAGUUUUAGUAAUUUUGGAGUUUCAGUAAAAUGGGAGGAUCUGGAGGAGGUAUAGGAAGUUUACUCAAGGUCAUAAUCAGCAACUUUGAUGUUCUUGCUGGGCCGGUGGUUAGUUUGGUGUAUCCUUUGUAUGCCUCAAUUAGGGCUAUUGAGACCAAAUCCCCUGUAGAUGAUCAGCAAUGGCUUACAUACUGGAUUUUGUACUCCAUGAUUACACUCUUUGAGCUGACGUUUGCCAAGCUUAUUGAAUGGCUUCCUUUCUGGUCAUAUGCAAAACUGAUCUCUACCUGCUGGUUGGUCAUACCUUACUUCAAUGGUGCCGCGUAUGUGUAUGAGCAUUAUAUUAGGCCUUAUAUCGUCCAACGAAAAGCAGUUAACAUCUGGUAUGUGCCACGAAAGAAAGAUGCCUUUAGUAAGCCAGAUGACAUCCUAACUGCUGCAGAGAAAUAUAUACAAGAACAUGGAACCCAAGCAUUUGAGGAGAUGAUCCACAAGGCUGAAGGAGAACGAAAGACCCAUACCAGCAAUUACGUAUUUUAUGAUGACGACUACAGAUACUGAACCUUGUACACUACAUUUCUUUUUGUUUGGUUUCUGCUGCUCCAGUACUUAGGGAAGGAAGAGAUGUAUCUGCUGUUGUAAAGAUGUGCCUUGAAACUGAUGCUUGAUCUUUCUCUGUGUGGAAUACUUUCUGUUGUUUUAUAGAGUUUUUCGCUAUCCUCUAACCUAUGUUAUAAACUAAUAUUGCUCAACCUUGUCGAAUCUUUUCUGCUGUUAUAAAACUAAUACUGCUCAACUAAUA